AUGUCUCUCAAUUUCCCAAUCACAACACCCCCAUGGGAAGUCCUUGCUCUUGUUGCUCACCACCUUGACCCAAAAACACUAGCCAUAGCCUCAUGUGUGUGCAAGUCUUGGUUCAUUUCCAUGUCCUCAGACCACCUUUGGAAGCCAAUUUGCAACACCCAUUUCCCUAACCUACACUUCACUGACUUGGGUGAACAAAUUCAUCAUGUCCCAUACCAUCGUCUCUAUGCAAUUGGUCACACUGCAGCCAAGCGUCGAGUCCAAACACCAUGUAAGCCUAAACUUUCCCUUGACAAUCUUAUAUUCUCUAUCAACAUCCGUACAAAAAGCUCCAACAUUGUCACAAUUGCAAAACCGGGUGAAGAACUAAUCUUUGAUCCAAAUGGGGUGUUCAAAUUCGACGUUGACAAUGUGAACUACGAGUGUUCCUCUAUGGUUGCGGUCGUGGAGGAUGUGAAAAUUACAUGGAAUGUGGUUUUGAGUGGGUGGAAAGGGCUGUUUACUAUGAUGGAUUGUGAAGGGAAAGUGAGCUUCUCUCCGGGGGCCGAGGGGUGGUUUUCAGAGGAGUUACCGUCUCCGGGCUGUUGCGCUGGUGCGGUGGCGAGUGGUGUUGUGGCUGAUUUGAAGUUGGGGUUUUGUGGUAGGAGGGAGAGUGGUGUUGGGAAGGUUAAGGUGGACAAAGUGAGUGUUGGGAUUUUGAGUAUUGUGAAUUGGAGGUAUGUUAGUGUUGAUGAUGGUCUAAGGUACUUGCAGCAUUUUCUUGUUCCUUGUGAUGACUAA